AUGGUGUCCUUUUUCUCCCGCUGUUUUCCGAAGAGGAGAAAGGGACAGCAGCAACAGCAGCAAUGGAAGGAGAUUGAGGCUCGGGAUCUGGAAUCACGCCCAUCAUGGAAUGCCCCCGACAACACUCUGCUGCUGGAAGCAUUUGAAUGGCACGUACCACAUGAUACAUGCCACUGGCGACGUCUGCAGCAUGCUCUGCCGGGGUUGAAAGAGAUUGGGAUCGACAAUAUCUGGAUUCCUCCGGGCUGCAAAGCCAUGAACCCCUCCGGUAAUGGCUACGAUAUAUAUGACCUGUAUGAUCUAGGCGAGUUCGAUCAGAAAGGAUCCCGAACCACCAAAUGGGGUUCUCGGAGGGAGCUUGAAGACCUUGUGGAAGAAGCAAAGUCGCUGGGUGUUGGUGUAUACUGGGAUGCGGUGCUCAAUCAUAAAGCCGGGGCGGAUUAUCCCGAACGGUUCCAGGCUGUUAAAGUAGAUCCUAAUCGACGAAAUGUCGAGGUAUCCAAGCCCACUGAAAUUGAGGGCUGGGUCGGUUUUGACUUCACUGGCCGCGGCGACCAGUACAGCUCGAUGAAAUAUAACUGGCAGCAUUUUAAUGGUGUGGACUGGGACGAAUCGCGCAGAGAAAAUGCCAUCUUCAAGAUCCAUGCGCCAGGCAAGGAUUGGGCACAAGAUGUGGGCAAGGACAAUGGCAACUAUGAUUAUUUGAUGUUUGCAAAUCUGGACUAUUCCAAUCCAGAGGUUCGGGAAGACGUCCUUCAUUGGGGAACCUGGAUAACAAAUGAGCUAUCGCUAAGUGGCAUGCGACUGGACGCCGCGAAGCACUUUUCUGCUGGCUUCCAGAAGGAGUUUAUUGCGCAUGUCCGCAAGACGGCUAACAAGGAUCUGUUUGUCAUCGGCGAAUACUGGUCGGGAGAUUUAAAGGAUCUUGUGGGAUAUCUUCAGCAGAUGGAUCAUUCGGUGACAGCAGUUGAUGUUCCUCUUGUGGUGAGUUUGUGCAGGACAUCGUACACAAAGGGAGGCGAUCUUCGCAAGAUAUUCAAGGGUACUUUGGUGCAGAGCAAGCCCGAGAAUGCUUUGAACCCAGUUGCACAAUACUUCAAACCGCUAGCAUAUGCAUUGGUGCUCCUCCGCAAAGAUGGACAUCCAUGCGUGUUUUACGGAGACCUCUAUGGUACUCUAGGAGACAAGCCAUUGAAGCGAGCCUGCAAGGGCAAACUUCCGAUUCUCACGCGGGCUCGAAAGUUGUAUGCUUAUGGAGAACAGCAGGAUUAUUUUGACCAAGCCAACUGUAUAGGAUUUGUCCGUUACGGAAACGCGCGCCAUCCUUCCGGACUGGCUUGCAUUAUGAGCAACGGGGCGGCAGCAGAAAAGCGCAUGUACGUCGGACCGAAGCACGCCAACGAGGAGUGGACAGAUAUCAUGCAGAGCCACGAGAACGUUGUUACCAUCGAUGCAUCGGGGUAUGGGGUAUUCCCCGUGAAUGGCAUGAGUGUCAGCGUCUGGGUCAACUCAACGGCACCUGACCGAGAUAAUCUCUUGCAACCAUUGUAA